ACGAGGGUUCAGCUUCACGCCGCAGCCUGUGCCAGAGGUCUGGAGCUAGCUCCCCAAGUACGAAGACACCUACACCCCAAAAUACCCACUAGACAAAGACUAGUCAAAUAUUACCGCGGUCUAGUCACCGACUUAAUCACCGCGCCUAACCGCCGUUGGGUUGAAAUCGUCUCUGUUCCGUCAUCCGUGACGGAAAGUGAUGGUCCCCUCCCCCCCCUGAACACGUGGUUUCAUCGAUAUGCGUUUCAAAACAAACAGAAAACAGCUAUGCAUCCCACCUUCUCCUUUCCUUUUUCCCCAUUUCCAUUAUUACCAUAAUGGAGCAAGAAAACUGAAGAGCUCUGCAGGAAAAAUCUCGGAUCGGAAUGGCUCGAGGGAAGAUCCAGAUCAAGCUCAUUGAGAACUCCACGAACCGGCAGGUUACCUAUUCUAAGCGUCGAAACGGUCUGUUCAAGAAGGCGAGCGAGCUGACCGUUCUCUGCGAUGCUAAGGUCUCGCUUAUCAUGAUUUCCAGCACGGGAAAGCUCCAUGAGUACAUCAGUCCCACCGUCACGACAAAGGAGUUAUUUGAUCAGUACCAGAAGACAACGGGGAAAGAUCUCUGGAGCACUCACUAUAAGGCUAUGGAAGAGCAAUUGGAGAAAGUGAAAGAGGUGAACAGGAAGCUGAGGAGGGAAAUAAGGCAGAGGAUGGGUGACAGCUUGAAUGAUCUGGAAUUCGAGGAUGUUCUUCAUCUGACCGAAGACUGUGAGGCUUCUUUGAAGCUCAUUCAUGAUCGAAAGAUUAAGGUAAUUAGCAAUCAGAUUGAAACUUCCAAGAAAAAAGUAAGGAAUGUGGAAGACAUACACAAAAAACUCUUACAUGAGCUUGAAUUAAGAGGAGAAGAACCACAGUAUGGGCUAGUUGAUGAUGGAGGGGAUUAUGACAUUAUUGGAUACCACAAUGGAGGUCCUCGCAUAUUUGCUUUUCAACUGCAGCCUAAUCAACAGUGUCUUCACAAUGGAGCAGGGUCAGACCUGACAACCUAUCACUUGCUUGAGUAGCAUCUUACAAGGUCCUUAGACAAAUAUUCCACUUAUUUUCAUGAAUAAAAAUGUAUUUGUAGUAAUAUUCUCAGAAAGACAUGCAUGUAUGUCUAGGUUUUACUUUCUCUAGCUUUGACCUUUUCAGGUUUCAUCACUGCUUUCCCUAGCUGUGGAGAACUUGUAGUCUUCUUAAUUAGUUUCCUUUAUUAAUGGUAUGAUUAUGUCCAAGUAAUUAAGAUUUUAAUGCAGA